UUUCAUUAAAAGAGUGCGUGAUACAAAGGUGUUUUCAGCUAAAGCAGUUUAGGAUACAGUGUGCGCGUGUGUGCGCGUGUGUCCUACUCGUAACUUUUCCCAUACAGCUAGCUACCUUCCCGCAUUUCACUUCCGGAACUCCACAAGGAUGGCUCCUCGGGGGUCCGCGAAAGCUCGCGAUUAUGAUUAUUCCAAUGUCGGUAAACUUGGACGUCGUACAGGGAUUACAGUGAAGGAGGGCAAGCGCGAUGAACAUGGAAUGGAGGACAUUGAUGGGAUGUGGUCAUCGCCAGAGAAAUCUCCCGUAAGAGAAAAUGGCUUUAGCGAUGGGAAUGAAUCUUCGGUAGGCUCCGAUGGCAUGUCUAUGGACGAGGGGAACGCACCUGGUCCUGCUGAUUUCCUUAGUGGUAUGAAUGGUGGGCGAAACUCUUAUUUCCCACCACCUGUUGCACGUUCUCCUAUGAAGACUGGCUUGACUGGGUCCCCUCGGAGAACCCCCGGUUUACGAUCAUCCCAAAGCCCACAACGGGAACCCCUCUCCUCUAGUCCUUCCGAUGGUAAAGGAUUGGGUCAUACGAAAGGGGAGUUGCGACAAGAUGUUUCUCCUCUGACUCACCGUUCUAUAAAUGCGCCUCCCCUGAAUCAUUUGAGCAGCGCCCGCAUUAAGGCAAACAAGAAGACACAGGAAGUAGCAGCUUCAUUUUCGGACAGCGAUGCGAACAGCCAAUCCAACGCGGAUGAAAAUGCAAACAGUUUCGAGCAUAUACGGGAUGACUUCGCUGACAGCUUCGAUGCUGGCAAUGAUACGAUGCUAGAUGAAGCGGAGGAGCCAGAUGAAAAUAGCACCGCAACACCGUCUCCAUCAAUAUUGGCCGUCGGUCUUCAGAAAAAAGGCCAGAUAAAGAUCGGUCAUCAACCCAAGAAGAGAGCCCGAAGUGGAUCAAGUCGGACUCAACUCCCCGUGGAGCUGGAUGAGCCACAGGAGCAUGGAUCCUCUCAGAAACGUAAACGCCCCGGAAGGCCCGCGAAGAAUCAGCGCAGCAUCAGCCACGAUACAGAGGAACCGAGGCUGUCAAAGAAGUUUAAGGCCUCCGACAAAGAGACUAGAGAACCAAAAACGUCAGGCCAUCCCGAUUUGGAUAGGGUUGUUGAGGAUCACGUCAACCGCACGGGGCCUUUAAAGGGGCGAAGCUUAUAUAUUCUCAAACGGGAGACCCCAACGGAUAGCAGCACUACACACACUCGGUCAGGGCGAGUGUCUGUCAGACCUCUUGCGUAUUGGAAAAACGAACGAUGUGUCUAUGGUGAUGGCGAGGCUGCCGAGGGAGAACGCUACCCUCUCUCUACCAUUAAGGAGAUUAUACGUACGGAAGAACUCGAACCGGAAAGACGGAAACCAAAGAAGGGCAGACCUUCGAAAAAGUCAAAGUCUGGGAAACCUAAGGAUGACAAUAACUCGGAAGAUGACGAAGAUUAUAUUGACCCUUGGGAGAAGGAAGGGAUUUUGCACGGUUACAUUAGGAAGUGGGAUCCCGACGCCCAGGCUGGGAUAGACGAGGAAGAGGUCCUCGACAUUGCAUAUGCGCCUUCCGGUAUUGAAACGAGGGAUGUCAAAGGUUCAACUUUUCGGUUUGCCAAACUACUUAGCUCUCCUUUCUUAGGUUCCGGGAUCGUUGAAUUGCCAAGCGGUGGAGUAAAGAAGCCAAAAAAUUCAAAGAAGAUGCAUAUGGUCUUCUACGUAUGCCACGGCCGAGUACAAGUAGACAUAUCCGGUGUACAAUUUAGCGCUGGAAAAGGCUGUGUAUUCCAAGUGCCAAGAGGCAAUUAUUACAGCUUCGCAAACACACAUGGGAAGGACGCCCGGCUGUUCUUCACGCAAGGUUGUGUUCCUGUGGAGGGUAACAAUUCUGCUCCUGGGUCUGCCUCCAAGAAUGAUACUAUGGAAGAAGAACCAACCCCUCAAUUUGAACGUCCUCUUGGUGUCGGGAAAGGUAGACCCAAGGGGAAGCAGAAGGCAGGUGGCUCUAAAGCAUCAUAGUGACUGUCUUUGAACAGGCUCUAAGGCCUUUAUGGGUACUAUCCUUACGAUACCAACGCCACUUGCCUAUCUUCUUUAAUUUCUCCCAACUUCAUGUGAAUGUAGCAUUGACGUUUUAUUUCCAUCUGUUUCCCAUUUUUGUGUCUGUCAUAGGCGUGGACCUUGUUGGGCUUAGCGAUCUUCUUGA